GCUGUGAUUGUGUGUUGUGUGAUGUCAAUAUUUGCGUUGCAAAUUGCAAAGCUGUUCUAAUUCUUCUUUCUGAUUUAUAUCGUUUAAUUUAGUUUUCAUCAAUAAUAAACCAAACACCAUGAAAUCUCGUGAAAUGUAAUUACUAUAUUUCUAGUUAUAGUUCUUAAUAAGUUUCAAAACAUAACCUAUAAGUGGUAGACGCAGUUUCUGAAAUGUUUUCUAUUUGUCGGCAAACGCACCCGGCCACCGGUAUUGAGCACGCUGUAAGCUGUUGCUUUUUCAAUAAUGACGAGACAUGCUUGGUCACCGCUGGCGCUAACAUCAUUAAAGUCUUCAGAUUGCUCCCAGAAGGACACACCAAAGAGGUCAAUGCCGCUGGGCAGCCAAUACCACCUAAAAUGAAGCUAGAGUGUCUGGCAACAUACACACUAUGGGGCAAUGUGAUGUCUAUGGCGUCUGUGCGAUAUCCCAGCACCGGUCGAGACCUACUUCUGGUGUCUUUCAAGGAAGCCAAGUUGUCUGUGCUGCAGUACGAUCCACAGACUAAUAAUCUCAUAACUUUAAGUAUGCAUUAUUUUGAAGAAGAUGACAUGAAGGGUGGUUGGACCACACAUCCUCACAUACCCUGGAUCAGAGUAGAUCCGGAGUUCCGGUGUGCCGUUAUGUUGCUGUAUGGGAAGAAAUUAGCCGUUCUGCCGUUUAGGAAAGACAUCACUUCUGAGGAAGGAGACCCUUUAGAAGCUAAACCUUUGGAUAGUAAGAAAAAUCAACCCGCUCAACCGAUAGCCCGUGCGCCUACACUGGCAUCCUACGUGAUAAUCCUCAAAGACCUAGACGAGAAGAUAGACAACAUACUGGACAUACAGUUCCUGCAUGGAUAUUAUGAGCCGACAUUGUUGCUGCUGUAUGAACCCGUCAGGACUUUUGCUGGCCGCACGGCGGUCCGCAACGACACGUGCGCGAUGGCGGGCGUGUCGCUGAACACGAGCGCGCGCGUGCACCCCGUCAUCUGGUGCACCGCCGGCCUGCCCUUCGACUGUCUGCACGCCGUCGCCGUGCCCCGUCCGCUGGGUGGCUGUUUGAUAAUGGCGGUUAAUUCUCUAAUAUAUUUGAAUCAGUCUGUGCCUCCGUACGGAGUCUCCCUGAACAGUAUAGCUACACACACCACUAAUUUCCCAUUACGUAUCCAAGAAGGCGUAUGCAUAACGCUAGAUGGCGCGUGUGUGGCGCCGCUGGGUGAAGGUCGUUUCGCGUUGUCCCUGAGGGGGGGGCAGCUGUACGUCAUCACGCUGCUGUCGGACUCGCUGCGCACCGUCAGAAGCUUCCAUUUAGACCGGGCGGCGGCCUCUGUACUUACCACUUGUAUGUGCGUGAUAGAAGAAGACUUCCUAUUUUUGGGCUCUCGUCUCGGUAACUCUCUGUUACUGCGAGUGACAGAGAGGGAGAAUAGAAUGCUGUUCUCUGUGGAUAAACCGCUUGAAGCUACUGUGGAUCUCACUGUAUCCGAUUCAGAUGGCAACAGGGAAAUAGUGUCGCAAGCCAAAGAGCCGCAAGCGCAGAAAGAAUCUGACCCCGCAGCUAAAAAACGUCGCCUCGAUACCAUCAGCGACUGUGUGGCCUCUAAUGUUAUAGAGAUUAGUGAUAAAGACGAACUGGAAGUCUAUGGUUCGGAUAUUAGGACUUCUACACAGCUCACUAGCUAUGUCUUUGAGGUGUGUGACUCCCUCCUAAACAUCUGUCCGAUCGGCGACGUGUCCAUGGGGGAGCCACAGUUGUUGUCGGAAGACCACAUCCGGCUCGAAGGACCAGUGCUGGAGUUGGUGGCUUGCAGCGGCCGCGGGAAGAAUGGGGCCCUGACCGUGCUGCAGAGGACUGUUAGACCUCAGCUCAUUACUGCUCAUAACUUGCCUGGCUGCAUAGACAUGUGGACGGUGAUGGGCGAGGCGGGCGAGGCCGCGCGCGACGCACUGCGCGACGUGGACGGUGAGCACGCCUACCUGCUGCUGUCGCAGGAGGACUCCACCAUGGUCCUCCAAACCGGACAAGAAAUCAACGAGGUUGACAAUUCAGGAUUUAUGACGUCAGCGCCAACCAUUUUUGCGGGAAAUCUCGGCAACAACAAAUAUAUGGUCCAAGUCACCACUACUACCAUCCGGCUUGUUAAAAAUGGCGCCCAACUCCAAUCAAUGCAGUUAGAAUUCACCGCCAUGUAUGCAGCCGCAGCAGAUCCAUAUCUCUGCGUUGUUUCCACUUGCGGAAGGGUGCUUGUGUUAGCUCUACGAGAGUUUAGAGGCACUGGCAAUGCUAUGACAGCUCGUUUAGCGCCCACAAGACAAUCGGUGUCGUCGCGUCCGCCGCUAGUUCGAGCGACCCCUUACAGAGACCUCAGUGGGCUUUUUACCUCUGCUGAUAUUGAAAAUGUUCAGGUUAAAGGUGAGUUCACCGGCAAGAUGAAAGGCAAGAAGAACGUAAAAGCCGAGGGUUUCCAGCCGGGAGCCGUUUACGAACUGAAUGACGACGAUGAGCUACUCUAUGGCGGCGAUCAGAUGACCCCCGCGUCUAUGGCCAGUAUAAUGUUAGCAGAACAAUCCAAAAACCCGGGUGUGCCGCGUCGCGUGUCACGAUGGUGGAAGAAGUACCUAACAGAAGUGAAGCCCACAUAUUGGCUGUUUGUGGUGAGAAGUAACGGCAAUCUGGAGCUGUAUUCGUUGCCGGAAAUGAAGCUUAGUUUCCUGGUCAGAGACGUCUGUGCUGGCCAUAGGAUCCUAGCGGACAGUUUAGAAUCGGUCCCCAUAAUAACGAACCCGGUUGACGACGAAGAGCUGUCGAAGGAUAUCCACAACUCUGAAGUUGACAAACUGAAGGAGUUGUUGGUGGUGGGGGUUGGUCACAAGGCUAGCAGAGUGAUCAUGUUGAUGCGCUGCGACGACCAACUCAUGAUAUACCAGGCUUACAAAUACCCUCGUGGUAACCUGAAAAUGCGUUUCUCGCGGAUCCACACGUCGUUUCCGUUCGGUUAUCUGAGCGAGACGCCGGCAUACGACGGCGACAGCUAUGAAGCGGCCGCGUUGAGAGAAAACGUAAGACAACUGCGGUAUUUUGGUAACGUAGGCGGUUACAACGGCGUAUUUAUCUGCGGCCGCACGCCGUACAUGUUACUGCUGGCCGGCAGAGGGGAGCUACGAUUGCAGCCGCUGGCUCCGGAACAAGCGCCUGUGUCCAGCUUCGCUUCGUUCAACAACACCAACUGUCCCCAGGGUUUCCUCUACUUCAAUGCUAAGUCCGAACUUCGAAUCUCAGCGUUACCUACCCACCUGUCAUACGACGCCCCGUGGCCCGUGCGCAAGGUUCCACUGCGAAUGACGCCGCAUUUUGUUACAUUCCACCUGGAGUCCAAGACUUAUUGUCUCGUCGCUUCUGUUAGCAACCCGUCGCAGACCUAUUACAAGUUUAACGGGGAAGAUAAGGAGAAAUCUACUGAAAAUAAAGGAGAUAGGUUCCCGUACCCUCACGUGGAGCGGUUCUCGGUGAUGCUGUUCUCGCCGGUGUCGUGGGAGGUGAUCCCCGGCUCCCGCAUUGAGCUGGACGAGUGGGAACACGUCACCUGUCUCAAGAACGUCUCCUUGUCCUACGAGGGCACCAGAUCCGGUCUCCGAGGGUACAUAGCGUUAGGAACAAAUUAUAAUUAUAGUGAAGAUAUAACCUCAAGAGGAAGGAUAAUAAUCUACGACAUCAUAGACGUGGUGCCGGAGCCCGGACAGCCGCUGACCAAGAACCGCUUCAAGGAGCUCUACGCCAAGGAGCAGAAGGGACCCGUCACCGCGCUCACGCAGGUGCUGGGCUAUCUCGUCUCCGCCGUGGGACAGAAGAUCUACAUCUGGCAGCUGAAGGACAAGGAGCUGGUGGGCGUGGCAUUCAUCGACACGCAGAUCUACGUGCACCGCGUGCUGGCGGUGAAGACGCUGCUGCUGGUGGCGGACGUGUACAAGUCAGUGUCGCUGCUGCGCUACCAGCCCGCGCACCGCACGCUGUCGCUCGUCUCCAAGGACUUCCGCGCCGCCAUGGUGUACGACAUGGAGUUCAUGGUGGACAACACGAGCCUGGGGUUCCUGGUGAGCGAGGCGGACGGCAACCUCGUGCAGUUCAUGUACCAGCCGCAGGCCAGGGAGAGCUACGGAGGUCAGCGUUUGAUCCGCAAGUGCGACUACCACCUGGGGCAGCAGGUGCAUGCAAUGUUCCGCAUCGCCGCCAGGCACCAGCAAAACCGCCACGUCACUAUGUUCACGACAUUGGACGGCGGCGUGGGCUACGUGGUGCCGCUAAGCGAGAAGACGUACAGGCGACUAUUGAUGUUGCAGAACGUGAUGAACAACUAUUGUUGUCACGUGGCCGGGCUCAACCCGCGCGCUUACAGGACAUACAAGAGCGCGCGGAGGACGGCGGGCGGAGGCCCGGCGCGGGGGGUGCUGGACGGGGACCUCGUGGCGCUCUACGGCUCCAUGCCCAACCACGAGAAGCUGGACAUUGCCAAAAAGAUCGGAACCAAGGUUGAAGAGAUAACAGCAGAUCUCUACGAGAUAGACAGACUGACGGCUCAUUUUUAGUGUUUGUACAUAUAGUAAUAAAGUAUUACCUAUUU